GCAUGCCACUUGACCUUCUGUGUUCCACAGCAGUAUUUAACUGGUGCGAAGGAAACACACUUGCCAAGUGUCUUCUGUCGACAUGACAGAUUCUCCUGGUUGUUCAUACAAUGUUGAAAAAGCAAAAGUCUCUUGCUUCAGAACGCAAAAGAGAAGUUUUUUCUCAAGGAGGUACACGGUCUAUACAGAAGAAUGAUAUGAGAAAUUUUCAGUCUUUUUCACAAAUGGUACUUUCAGGAGGUCCUCUAAAAUCAACUCCAGCAGUUAAACAGUCAAAAACUACUCACUUUGAGAUCGAGAUACUUGACGCUCAAACAAGAAGGCAGAUAUGUAUUGUGGAUAAGGUGACGCAAACAUCUACUAUUCAUGAUGUUAAACAAAAAUUUCACAAAGCAUGUCCUAAAUGGUACCCUUCCCGAGUUGGCCUGCAGCUAGAAUGUGGUGGGUCUUUUUUGAAGGACUACAUAACCAUUCAAAGUGUUGCAGCUUCCUCCAUGGUCACACUCUAUUUUACAGACCUAGGUCAGCAGGUCGGUUGGACCACAGUAUUUUUGGCUGAAUACACAGGACCUCUGUUAAUAUAUUUCCUCUUUUAUUUGAGGAUCCCAUACAUAUAUGACAUGAAAGAGAGUUCUAGAAGAUCACGCCACCCAGUGGUACACUUGGCCUGCCUCUGUCAUUGUAUACACUAUACCCGAUAUCUUUUGGAAACUUUAUUUGUCCACAAAAUUUCUGCAGGGCAUACACCUUUGAAAAAUUUGAUAAAGGGCUGUGCCUUUUACUGGGGAUUCACUUCUUGGAUUGCCUACUACAUUAAUCACCCACGGUACACACCACCAUCAUUUGGAAACAGGCAAAUCACAGUAUCUGCUAUCAAUUUUCUGAUUUGUGAAGCCGGAAAUCAUUUCAUCAAUGUAGUAUUGGCUCAUCCCAGUCACACAGGAACUAAUGCUUGUUUUCCAAGUCCAAACUGUAACCCUUUCACAUGGAUGUUUUUCCUGGUUUCAUGUCCUAACUAUACCUAUGAGAUUGGAUCAUGGAUCAGUUUCACAGUCAUGACACAAACGCUUCCAGUUGGAAUUUUUACACUUAUGAUGAGUAUCCAGAUGUCUUUGUGGGCCAAAAAAAAACAUAAGAUUUAUCUGAAGAAAUUCAAUUCUUGUAUGCACAGGAAAUCAGCAAUGAUCCCAUUCAUAUUGAAGCCUUCACAUCUCUGCGGCUCUAGAAGGUCUCUGAUGCAGCAAGGAUGGAUGGGCACAUGUACUGUUACCAACAAACACUGCAAGUAAUUUGAAGCAGGAGUGUAAAAUUAUAAUCACAAGCCUCGGCUUCUACCUCUAAAUUCCUUAGUGGAGUAAUUAUCAUGACCCCUGACAAGCCAUAGUUUUGCACCUUCCAUUUGGAAUUCAUCAAUAACAUAGUUAUUUACAUUUUGUGAACAUAAUUAUGCAUAUGCAAUUCAAUAAAUUCACAUCAGGAUUUUAUGACUGCUACUAGAUAUGUGAUUACAUAUAACAUUAAAACAAAGCCUUAUAGUUUAUUUAAUCUACUUAUUACUCUAAUAACUGCUUUUUGAAUAACUGUCUAGGAUAAUACUUUUUUUAUCCCCAAAUAAAAAUUCCCAAACAGUGUUUGCAAAGCACCACAUCUUUAUCGCUCACACAUUUCUUCACAUGUGUCUUAUUAACUAGCUAGAGAAGGGAAAAAAAACAAAAGAAAAAUAUAAAGUUGAAUCAGCUGCCAUGCAACCCUAUAUUAUCACAGCAUACCGCCUCUCUUCCCCACCCCUUUCAUCCUUCCUACUUCAAAUUGUUAUUUCAAAGGUGUUUUGGUUUCUUAGCAAGUAUUUUCUUAAAAUUAUUUGACUAAGUUUGAAUAAAAAUAAACCUGUAAAGCAUUUUGUCUUUCAGCAAAAGUUCUGUGAAAACAAAAGUUAUUCUCUGACUCAUUUACAGACACACACAGUAAUUUUAAGCAAUGAUACAUCUUUAAGGAGACAAUGAAAAUGUGGUGCCAUCGAAUAAUAUUUAAGCAAAUAAAAUAUUCUUAUUUUUAAAAUGUGCAUGUUCAAUCUUACUUCUCUAAUCAAAUAACAAAAUUCACUAUUAUAGUUGAAUGUUUUGUAUAUUGAUCUUUAAUCUCCCAGUAAUUACAUACUUUCAAGAUGUUUUAAAUUUUGUUUUGAGUAACUACUAUUGAAUACCUGUUAUAAUGGAAAUACAUAGCAUUUCAAUACCAAUUGUGCUCAUAAAGUAAAAUAAAAUGACCUAU